AUGUGCCCGAGAAAAUGGAAAAGGGAAAGCAAAGGUCAGCGUUUAGCUGUUUGGCACCAUGAUUCGGUUGUUGAGACGAAACCGACUAUCGUCAUCUUUCUUUUAAAAAUAAGGAAGAUGAUGGGGUUGAAGGAGACGUUCUACAUAUCUCAUGGAUCACCGACGCUGUCCAUUGACGAUUCAUUGCCGGCCAGACAUUUCCUGAAAUCUUUCAAGGAAAAGGUGUUCAAUCAGAGGCCCAAUUCAAUUCUGGUGAUAUCAGGCCAUUGGGAAACCUCCGAGCCCACCGUCAACGUGGUCUCUGGCCGCAACGAAACCAUCUACGAUUUCUAUGGCUUCCCCAAAUCCAUGUACAAGGUAUAUCCAAAAUCUGCCUUCUGUUUUACACGACUAUGA